CCCCCGCGCACGUGGAUGGGGGCACUCGGCGCCCGACUGUCCCCGUGGACCUCGGGCCCUCCGGUGUCGGGCGCUGAGGCAUCUCUGUGUCCUGUCCCCACCCCCCACCCCCUGACAGCGGAGCUCAAGUUCAGCCUGGACCAGUACGUCAACAAGCGGUACCCGGGGCUGGUGAAGGUCGUCCGCAACAGCCGGCGCGAGGGCCUGAUCCGGGCGCGGCUGCAGGGCUGGAAGGCGGCCACGGCCCCCGUCGUCGGCUUCUUCGAUGCCCACGUGGAGUUCAGCACCGGCUGGGCCGAGCCCGCCCUGACGCGGAUCCGGGAGGACCGCCGGCGCAUCGUGCUGCCCGCCAUCGACAACAUCAAGUUCGACACGUUCGAGGUGCAGCAGUACGCCAGCGCCGCCCACGGCUACAACUGGGGGCUGUGGUGCAUGUACAUCAUCCCGCCCCAGGACUGGCUGGACCGCGGCGACGAGGCCGCGCCCAUCCGGACCCCCGCCAUGAUCGGCUGCUCCUUCGUGGUGGACCGGGAGUAUUUCGGGGACAUCGGCCUCCUGGACCCAGGCAUGGAGGUGUAUGGCGGCGAAAACAUCGAGCUGGGCAUGAGGGUGUGGCAGUGCGGAGGCAGCAUGGAGGUGCUGCCCUGCUCCCGCGUGGCGCACAUCGAGCGCACCAGGAAGCCCUAUAACAACGACAUCGACUAUUACGCCAAGCGCAACGCCCUGCGGGCGGCCGAGGUGUGGAUGGACGGCUUCAAGUCCCACGUGUACAUGGCCUGGAACAUCCCCAUGACCAACCCAGGGGUGGACUUCGGGGACGUAUCCGAGCGGCUGGCCCUGCGCCAGAGGCUGAAAUGCCGGAGCUUCAAGUGGUACCUGGAGAACGUGUACCCCGAGAUGAGGACCUACAACAACACCCUCACGUACGGAGAGGUGAGAAACAGCAAGGCCAGUGGCUACUGCUUGGACCAGGGAGCGGAGGACGAUGACCGAGCGAUCCUCUACCCCUGCCACGGGAUGUCGUCCCAGCAUGACCGUCCUGCGCUGGCCGAGGCAGGUUGA